UUGCCCAUUCAUGUCAAUGCGCCAGAGCUCUACAAAGCCUCGGCGACAUUACUGCACAUCAGGAUUUAAUUUAAUCUGUCUCGAGCGUUGCGUGAGAGAUUUUUACACUCUUUGGGUUUUGAUUAAUUAAUCUGUGUCAACAGCUGUAAAAACAGGGCGUCUAAAGUCAAACGUCCACCUUUCAUGUUCAAGCUCAGGAGGUGUUAUAACAGAUGCUGGGGCUGUGGAGAGCGAUGUCAGCGCACACAUGACGGACAGCAUGGACAGAUAACCAGAGGGAGCUCAGCCAAGUUCCCACCCAUCUGAGACUCAGCAUCUCCAUAAGAGAGCACCAAUGCGUCCACCCCCCGAAAAAUAAUGAACGCAAUUCAUCGACUUCACUAAGGAAUUAGUCUUUAGACCUUUAUUUUUAAGAAUUUCCAGUAACAUUCAAGUGUAGCGUGUUAUUCAUACGCCUGCGCAGUUCAGCAAGGAUAUCACAGACGGGCAGAUGUGUAACAGAGCCGAGAUUCAUUUUGAUGAAAGAAAAAAACAACAGAAUUGCCAUGUAUUGAGGGUUUUACGUGGGAAGACGUGGCGUGCAUCUGGGAAGAAACAUUAGCAACCAAAGAAUCCUGAUCAUCUUGCAGAGCUGCUUUACGUAGAAGCAUUAUUUCAUCGCCGACAUCCCAUUUUCAGCACCUUGGACAACGACGAGCACGCUUCACAGUGCGAGGGAGAAAAGGAUUCCGUAUCUAAAGACCCUGUGAUAAUCAAGGCAACAUGGGAACUGUGCUCUCAGUGUCCCCAAGCUACCGAAAGGCAGGGCUGUUUGAUGAAAUACCACCCCCACUGGCACAUUAUACAGCUGUGCAGAACAGUAAAAACGCAAAGGACAAGGGCCUGAAACGGCAGUCACUCAUCAAUGUACUGCCAUGGAAGCGUAUUGUGGCAGCUUCGGCCAAGAGAAAAGGUUCUAAGAAGCUGGCCUCUGGGGACAGUCAAGAUGAAGAGAGCGUGGGCACCCUUAACAGCCAAAAUCUGAAGAAGUCCCAGUCCUGUGCCAACCUCUCCGGCUUUGCCCAGGACCCGGCCGUGAGCUCCAUUCCCACAUCGAAAACCACCACCAAUGUGGCCUCCACUGCGAAGAGGACCUCCAUCACCGGAUCAGUGGGCCAAGCGACUAACGCGGGCACACCCAAAAGAGUAAUCGUGCAGGCUUCCACCAGCGAGCUCCUGAGGAGCCUGGGCGAGUUCCUGUGCCGGCGCUGCUACCGACUGAAGCGCCUCUCCCCAGCCGACCCUGUUCUGUGGCUACGCAGCGUGGACAGGUCCCUUCUGCUGCAGGGCUGGCAGGACCAGGGCUUCAUCACCCCGGCUAACGUGGUCUUCCUCUACAUGCUCUGCCGUGAGGUCAUUUCGGGCGAGGUGUCCAGUGAGCGUGAGCUUCAAGCUGAGCUGCUCACUUGCCUCUACCUGUCCUACUCCUACAUGGGAAACGAGAUUUCAUACCCGCUCAAGCCCUUCCUGGUGGAGACGGAUAAGGAUGCCUUCUGGAAUCGCAGUCUGGCGAUCAUCAACCGCAUGAGUACCAAAAUGCUCCAGCUUAACUCUGACCCGCACUACUUCACACAGGUUUUUGCUGACCUGAAAAAUGAAAGUCAAAAGGAGGAGGAGAGCAAGCUGCUUAUAGGCCUGGAUCGAUAAGUAAGGCACCUGUGCAUAAACAGAAAAAAAAAUGUGCAUAAAAAGUUUGUGCACAAAAUUUUAUUUUUAUUAGUAUUAAAAAAACUUCUGAUAGCUUUGAAGCUUAUUUGUAGCAAUGAAUGCCACUAGAUUGGCCAUUCUAAGGAAUAGUUCACCUACAAUUAAAUGUUUUUUAAUUUUUUACUCAUCUUUAGGCCAUCCAAGAUGAGACUGAGAUUUAUAGAAAUUGAGCAUUACAUCACUUGCUCACCAAUGGUUCCUCUGCUGUGAAUGGGUGCCGCUGGAAUGAGAGUCCAAACAGCUGAUAAAAACAUCAUAGUUAUCCAGAAGUAACCCACAAGACUCGAGUCCAUCAGUCAAUGUCUUGUGAAGUGAAAAGCUGCAUGUUUGUAAUAAAAAAAAAACUCACCGUUAAGACUUUAAUCUAAAAUACGAAUCUUCUAUCCAUAUAUUAUUGCUUUCUCCAGUGAUCAGAAGAGAAACCAGGAGAGAAAUGUGCACAGUUAAAGAACCAUUUACAUGUGAAAUGCCAUUCUAAACAAAGAUGUUGGUGGAUUUUGAUAUUAAUGGACAAUGGGGGAUAGACUUUUUCACCGGAGGAAGCUUUAUUAUGAAUUAUGGACUAACAUUUUAAAGUUAAAAUGCCUUAAUAAUAAAUUUGUA